UCGCAAACCAUCUGUAGUAGAGUGCAGAUAUCGGCAAUGGAAGUAAGUGAAGUGGAGAUGACUUCUACAUACAGCAAGAGACAAGUCGGUUCUAACCUGACGGAUAUGACAUUUUCAACUGGCAAUUGCUAACAUCUGCAUAAAUGUAACGAAACAUAACGGACGUAAGGAGCCAACGCAACUCUAAAUUAUAUUUUACAACAAUAUGGAUCAAACUCAAGAGGCAGAUGCUGAUUACUAUGCACUCAAAAAAUGGGAGCUGGGGUUUUUGAGACAAGAAUGUGUCAAUUUAGGACUGGAAGUAUUUUACGACAAAUAUAUGGCUAGAGUACAACGAAGUUAUCUAUCAAUAUUCGUCGUUCUUCAAACAUUUGUGAGUGUGGCCCAUGUGGUUGUCAUAGUAACAGGAGAUGAGCAUCCUACGGCUGCGAUACAUCCAGAUCUCAUUUGUUAUACGUUUGGAAGUUUGAUAGUUUGGAUUUCACUAUUUGCUGCAUUCAAAGAAGAAUUAGUAAAGGCUCAUCCCUGGGUUCCGUAUGUAACAUCUUGUGCAGCCGUUUUUACGCUAAUUAUAACAGAUUUGAUGAUUCCUCUUUAUCAUGCAGCAGUUAGUUUUAUAAAUCCUCCCUUGAGGCCAUCUUAUGCUAGUCAUAUAAUUUUUGCAAUUUACAUAUUCCUGCCGUUAAGUGAUAAUCUUCAUGCAAUUAUUUUGGGCAGUGCAACUACCAUCUGUUAUUUAAUCAUAAUGACACUAAUUUCAUACCGUUUGGAGUCAGAUAUGGCAAUCAAAGUUGUGACAGAAUUAAUUUAUUUUAUAUGUUUGAAUUUUUUUGGUUUAUAUUUUCGUCUGAUGAACGAAGCCGCAAUCCGAAGAACCUUUUUAGAUCGACGGGAGCUUGUUGAAGGUAAUCUGUUACUAAAAUUUGCUAGAAAUCAAGAGAAAGAAUUAUUACUUAGUAUACUACCCGAACAUACAGCUGAGAUCAUGGAAAAAGAUAUACGCGUCAUGAUCGAAAAGAUGCGCAAUGGUCGUCGUGAUACAAUCAACACACAAAAUUUUUUCAGGACUGGGACACAAUGGAGAUCAAUAAACAAACUUUAUGUUCAGAAACACACCGACGUAACUAUUCUAUAUGCAGAUGUUGUGAACUACACUUACAUUACUACACAACUACCAGUGAGGACUCUAGUAGAUGUUCUACAUGAGUUAUUUGUUAAGUUCGAUGAAGCAGCCAAAGAAUAUAACGUAUUGAGAAUUAAAUUUUUGGGAGAUUGCUACUAUUGCGUGUCUGGUGUACCAAUCAGAAAUAAAUAUCAUGCGAAAAGUUGCGUUGACUUAGGACUACGCAUGAUCAAAGAUAUUCGUGAGGUUCGGAUGUCCCGCGAUUUAAACAUUGACAUGAGAAUUGGUAUUCAUUCGGGAAGUAUCAUUUCAGGUGUUAUCGGUCAAUGUAAAUGGCAAUAUGACAUCUGGUCUAAAGAUGUAAUUAUAGCAAAUAAAAUGGAAAGUACUGGGGAAGCUGGCAAAGUGCAUGUGACUAUGCAAACAUUAGAAUUAUUAGAUGGUGAAUACAUUUAUGAGGAAGGAACAGAAAAAGCCAAAACAGACCCUGUUCUAAUCAAGCAUAACAUUCAAACGUUCUUUAUCGUUCCUCAAUUUUAUGACGAUAGUAGUUACCAAAUUCUACAAGACUCUUCUACCAGUACCCGAUUAUCGGUUGGAGUUAAGAGGAAGACAAUCCAAAAUAAGAAAGAACGAAGUUUGAUAAGUCGGAAUUUCAUGCAAAAUUCAAUGGAGCAAUUUCGUGAUAUAAUGAAACAAACAAAUGUGGAGAUGGCUCAUGAGUUAGAUCGAAUGCCAAUCGGAAAAUUUCAAUUCAACAAAAUUUUUUCAACCGCUCGUAUUCAUUCACACCAUACAACAGUGACGCAGUUUUCAAAUGCAUACAGUAAUAGUGACCAUCGUCUGGACAAUAUAUCUCCAUUUUUCAUGUGUUUCGAAAACAAACGUUGGGAGUGGUCAUACACAAAAGAACCAGAUUUGAUGUUAAAAUAUAGUGUUUUAAUGAGUUUCGUAGUGUUUCUAUGUAUCUUCUCUAUACAAAUUUUCAAUAAUGCUUCAGGGUUUUACUUUUGGAUGAUCAUGUCAACUUCCGGAGGAAUACUGUUUUCAUUCAUUCCUAUUACUUGGUUUAAAAAACUUUGGGAUGUGUAUACUCCAUAUUCCUCAGAAGACUUGCUUCGAGUUCGAAAACCGCAAUCAGCAGCUUUGAGGAUGUUGUACGAAUUUUCAAACAACAUAAUGAGAAAUUUCACACUUCGGACAAUGAUUUAUCUUGUUACUGUUGUCAUACUUGUGCUAUGCUCUUUAAUCUAUCUUUAUUACUUUCAGGUUGAGUGCAAGCAGGAAUUGGAACAUAUUCUCGAAGACAAGCGAAUUAACGCACCGAACCAGUUUAGUACAACUAAAAUAUAUUGUACGAAUUCAUGGACUGCUACUCAAUGCCUCACAUUGGCUACUGGAAUGGUUUUCCUGUUUCUAAGAAUCCACUAUAUAUUGAAAGCAGUAUGUGGACUCGGAAUUCUUGUUUUUUACUCAUGGACAAUUUUCUUCGAACUCAGCUUUAUUUAUGAUAACAGUGCUAGCAUGAAUCCCGGAAUGAACCCAAAAGUUGGUCAUAUUAUGUUGAUUAUAUUCACAGUAAUUAUAUUCCAUUGGAUAGAUCGACAAUCCGAGUAUAUCGCAAGAGUGGAUUACAAUUGGAAACGUCAACUACUAAAACAAAAAGAAGAGGCUGAAGUUACUAAACAGACUAAUAAAAUUCUAGUGGAAAACAUUUUACCCACUCAUGUUGCUGAAAUCUACAUAAAUCGUCAACUGAAAAAUGAAUUUUAUAAUGAAGAUUACAAAAAUGUUGCUGUUAUGUUUGCAACAAUAACAAAUAUGGAGAUAAAUAAUGAUAUUUCAGUUGAGAACGAAAAAAGUGUUCUCAAAGUGCUAAAUGAAAUAAUUUGUGAUUUUGAUGAAAAGUUGCAAUACUUUGAUGGUUAUUUAAAAGUGGAAAAGAUAAAAGUGGCUGGAUGGUCCUAUAUGGCAGCUUGCGGACUAGAUCCGGGUCGCUGUGAUUCGUCGUCUUCUUUAGGGCCAUUUGGCUCAGUAUCGAGUGUUACAAGAACAUCUUUAAUGACUAAUGGUAGACGAAGUUUGAAUCCUAAAACAUCGGACCAAAUAAAUCUAUUUUCUGGUAGAAAUAAUUCUAACACCAGACAUAGUAACAACGUAACAAUUGUGAUGGCCGAGUUUGCUUUAGAAUUGAUGAAGGCAUUACGAGAUUUUAGCAAUGAAAACUUCAAACAAGCGAAUCCUGGACUACUAAGAGUAGGAAUUUCAAAUGGAAAAGUUAUGGCCGGUGUCGUUGGAUCAAGCAAACCACUGUACGACAUUUGGGGAAAUGCUGUGAAUAUGGCAUCUAGAAUGGACUCUACUGGAAUUCCUGGAAAAAUUCAAGUUACGAAAGAAAGCGCUGAGAUUUUGAGAAAUUAUGGAUAUCAAUGCGAAUAUAGAGGACAAAUAUUUGUUAAAGGUAGAGGGAAAAUACCAACAUAUCUUUUAAAAAUUACCGAUAAUUUUGAGUUUGUAAAGAAUAGAUCAGCAGAUGAUAUUUCAACAAAAUUAUAGAAUUACGUUGACACAGUGUAUAUAUGAUGAACAGUAUACCUCACCCUAUAUCUCGAGUCUAAGCCUUUUCUCAGAAGAACCACUGCAGUGGGUGGUGACCAGGCAUGGUAGCAUGCGGUGUACCACUCUGAUGCAGUCAACGUUUGAAUAACGGUUUACAGGAAAGCACCAAGUUAGGAUGGUAGUCAAUUACUGCUAGUCCCGUGUAAGAAUCUUUAGUACCGAAAAACGGUUUUUUAAAUAAAUAAGCAUUUUACGAUUCGCCUUUGACUCAUCAGUGCGUCAGCAGUUUAUGUUGAACUACUAACGCCACCUAACGGUUCAACAUAAUGCGCUGAGCAGACGUAAUGUUAAUGCUGUUUGCGAAACAACUAUUGCACCGAAGUGUCAUGUCUUCUAGUGACUAAUAAAUAUCUACUCUGGAUUGGAACGAAAGAAACUAGAUCAUAAAAAUAGAAUGUAUCAUAAAAACAACUUUGAAAAAUGAUCAAUAUAAUAAGAAAUAAUUCAUUUCAUCAUUCCCAA